AUGAGUGAAUCUUUCUUCGAUCUCUUUGACAAUUUAAAAGAUGGAAAGCAAGGAGGUUCGUCUACUGUUUAUAAAGCUACAUACAAAAAGACUCAGACCACUAUUGCUUUAAAAAAGAUCGAAAUAGAUCCUGAAUAUCCAGAAGAUUUUGAAUCUUUACAAAAUGAAAUAAAAUUUCAUAAAAAUAUCGACUACCCACUAAUUUUACACUUUUACGGCAGCUCCACAUCUGAAACAAAAUCUUUCGUUAUUUUAGAAUAUGGAGGUGAGCAAUCACUUUUGCAAUAUAUUAACAACCGAGGACCUCUUACUGAAGGGCAAGCAAAAAAGUUUUUUAUACAGCUUAUUAGUUCCUUACAAUAUCUUCAUACGCAAUGCCAUCUACUUCACAGUGAUAUCAAACUCGAAAAUAUUUUAAUAGAUAGUCAAAAUAAUGCGAUUUUAAUUGAUUUUGGUCUCUGUUGUACUCUUGGCUCAGUAAAUCCUGGUUUUGCAGGUACAAUUCAAUAUACAGCUCCUGAAGUAUUUGAUAAAGUUAUUGAUUCAACUGGAGCUUCUGAUAUAUGGAGUGCAGGCAUAGUUCUCUACGCAAUGCUUGAAGGUUGCCUUCCUUUCGGAGGUGAAUUAGAAGAUGCAGAAGAAAUUGUGCAUGAAAUCCAAACUAAACCACUUGACUUAUCAGAAUCCUCAAAUCUCUCUCCAAAAGCAAAAGCUUUAAUUAGCAGAAUUCUUACAAAAAAUCCUAGUGAAAGAAUUAAAAUUCAAGAAUUUGUAAAUGAUCCUUGGAUUGCUGACAGUCCAUAUGCAUCCCUACUAUCAUACGAUUCUACUGUUUUGCAAAGCCUGAAAAGACUUCCAACUACUGUUAAUGAAAUUGAUAACUCAAUCAUGAAAGAAAUUAUAGCAAUUGGGUUUGAAAAACGCAAAAUAAUAGAACAUAUUUUAGCUCGUUCGGAUACUGAAGAUGUUUUAUACUAUCGGAUUAAAAAACUUCAAAGCAUUUUGAAACAAAUUUACCAAUUUAGAGCUGCGCAAUAUAAACUACCAAGAGAAAUACCCCUUGUUUCGAGAAUCCCUUCACAAAUUCCAUGCUAUACUAUCAAGAAAAAAAAGGCUUUUAUGAAAAAUAAUAAUUGA